AUGGAGCUUUUAUUGUCUGAAGAAAUGCAAUUGUUGAAAAUCGACGAUUUCAAUGAUGCAAAGACUGAUGAAGAUUUUAUUAAAUCAGCUAUGAAAUUAUGUCAAACUUUGAUACUCCAGGAUCCAACGGUACUCGUUAAUUAUGACUCAAAGAAUGAUGAAUUAGCUAAAGAAUCUUUAAAUCUCGCAAAGACAUUGGUCAGUCAAAAUGAGCCUUUACAAAAUGUAAUAAAGGUUUACAAUAAAUCUAUGGCUCAAGCAACCCUUGGUUCUGAAUUACUAGCACACGCAUAUGCUAACCGCUCAAUUGUUUUAACGAAAGCUGCAAGAUAUGACGAAUCUCUAAAAGAUAUUCAACACGCAUUAGAGAGUAAUUACCCUGAUCAUUUAAAAGCAUCAUUGUACGCUAGAAAAGCGAAAAAUUUAUUAGCUUUAAAUAUAAAUGACAAUGUUGAAGAAACUCUAGCUGAAGCAAAGAAGUGGGCAUUAAAAAUCGAUGAAAAAAAAACAGAUAAGUUCUUGAGUGAUCUAGAUAAAUUAAAGAAUAAAAAAUUCAAAAAACCUGUGACACACUAUGAUGGUCGUGAUUUUUUACCAACGGCUCCUGAUGAUAAUCCACAAUUGUUGAAGACUUCUGGCGCUAUUGCUAUCAAUAAUUCUGAUAAAUUUGGCAGACAUUUGGUGGCCUCUAGAAAUAUUGAAGCUGGUGAACCUCUGAUGGUUAAAAAAUCUUACUCAAUGGUUCUUGUAUCAGAAUAUAGGCUUAAAUGCUGCUGGAAUUGUUCAAAAAUUUGUUGGUCUGGCGUUCCGUGCGAUAAAUGUUCAAAUGUUAUUUACUGCAGCAAAGAAUGUCGUGAUAUCGCUUUCAAAGAACAUCACAAUUUUGAAUGUUCAGUUAUUACUAGUUUGUUGAACAACAAGAUUUAUGAUGAUUCUAUGAUCAUGAGUUUGCGAUUUGUUUAUUCAUUAUAUCGCAAACCCACAGGCCAUGACUUCAAAACUAGCAGCGCAAUUAAAACUGCCUGGAUUAUACAUUGUUUAAAUGCAACUACGGAAAUAUUUGGCAAAAAUUUAACAGAAUUGAUGGAAGAUAAUUGGGCAUUGUUUGUUGGAAAAUUAUUAUUACAUCAUUACGAAAUAAAUGUGUCAAACAUGAUUGCGAUUGAGCUAAGCCAGAAAAAAAGUGAUGAUAAAAUAAGAAUGUGUGGUGCAGUUUUAAUUCCACUGAUCGACUUAUGCAGUCAUUCCUGCGAUCGCAAUGCCUACGCAAUUACUUCUGGAGAUAUUUUUUCUCUUAUAUGUAUUCAUCCGAUCAAAAAAGGAGAGCAAAUUUGCAUUAGUUAUGGACCAGAUUACAGAGAGCAAAGUACUGUAGACAGAAGGGCAAUUUUAAAAAUAAACCACGGUUUUUGGUGUGAAUGCUUUCCUUGUCUCAAUAACUGGAGUCCAAAUCAAAAUCUGCCAACUUGUGUGGAUUAUUUGUCAAACAAAACAAGAGUAGAAUUAUUGACAGUUGUGAGAAAUUUCAGCGAAAUGGCGUUGAUCUCCGAGGUGAAAGAACUGUUCAAGCAAGUGGAAAUCAAUAAUUCCUCUAGAAAAAGUGAUGAAGAUUUUAUAAAAUAUGCGUUUGAAAAAGCAACAGCGUGCGACGAAGUUAUACCAUUAAUAACAGAUUAUUUGGAGACUAAAAAUGAAAAAACUGCGGCAAUAAAAUUGCAGAUGGCUAUUAAAAUGUCGAAGGAUAAAAAUGCGCCAUUGGAAAAUAUAAUUUCAUGUUUUAAUCAAUCAGUAGCAUAUGGAAUUCAUAAAUCCGACAUUUCAACUAAAGCUUACAUAAACCGUCACACAUUUCUAGUGGAUAUGUGCAUGUAUGAAGAAGCAUUGAAAGAUAUCAAUAGUGUAUUACAAACAGAUAUUUCAGCGGAAUUACGGAUCUAUUCAUACAUAAAAAAAAUAAAAAUUUUAUUGGCUUUAAAUAGAGAGGGCGAAGGUAAUGAUUUAAUAGGUGAUCUUUUACCUAAAUUACAAGUUUUAGAUAUAAAAGAAAUCAGUAAAAUAGAAUUUGGAAUAGAGUUGUUGAAAUUGUCUCUAGAAGUAGGGCAUUAUCUUAUGUAUAUAGAUUCUGGUGAACCCUCUGACAAGUCUGCUGCCUCCUCCUUUAAAAAAGAAGAAAAGGUCUCAGAAGUACGCCCCAACCAGUUCCGACCAGCAGUUCUACAACGUAAUAAUUUCAAAUUUAUACCGAUCGAAGAUGACAAAAAAAAGUCUUCAUUCAAUUCAUCAAAAAUCUCUCUAAAUUACUUUUAUGAUUUGGGGUAUCAUUUAGUCGCUGAAGAAGAUAUUAAAGCUGGUGAACUUCUCUUGGUAGAUCAAAUAUUUGAAAAAGUAAUUAAGUGUAAUGAACGCUACCUACGCUGUUGGAAUUGUACAAAAUUUUGCUGGUCUUGUGUUCCCUGUCACAAGUGUGCCAAUGUCAUUUUUUGCUCUAUACCAUGUCGAAAAGCAGCCUCUAUAAAGCACCAAACUGAGUGCCAAAUAAUUAGUGUAUUAUUGAAUCAUCGGAAUUUUUAUAACGAACAAUCCUUGUUGAGCUUAAGAUUAUUUAUUAGAGCUUUAGAUGAGUUCAACGAUCUAGAAAACUUACAUAGCUGUGUAGAAAGAAUAAAAACAGAAUCCAAGAGUCCAGAACUAGUGAUUGGUGGUAUUGAUCCUAACGAAGCUAUCCAAUACCGGCACUUCUAUCGUAUGAGUCGAGACCCAAUGGACAAAAAAUCUAAAGAUAAACAUUCUUUCGCUUCGGUGUAUUAUACAUAUUGCCUGGCAGCCACAACUGAAAUAUUUGGUAAAAAGAUUGAGGACUUUAAAGAAUUAAUAAGCCAUCCGUUUGUUUCAUUUGUUGCGGAAUUACUUUUUCAUCAUGCUAUGUUGAUUGAUACACAUAUGAUCCCGUUAAGGCAACGAACUUUAUGUGACAACGCCAGAAUCUAUGGAGGUGCUAUUAUACCUUCAGUGAGUUUAUGUGGUAAUGACGAUCAUCCAAACUCAUACCAAUUUUUUAAUCAAGACAAGAUUGUUCUUACUUCGAUGGUGAAUAUUAAAAAAGGAGAAAUAAUACGUACAAAUUUCGGGCUAAAUUAUUUAAAAAUGUUUACGACAAAAGAACGAGAUAUUUUAUUAAAAAAACCUAAAUUUGGGAAACAAUAUGAAAGUUGUCUUCCUAAUCAGGAUUCUGGUCCAAUUUAUUCACCUUGCUUGAAUCAUUUUAAAAAUCCCGUUGACUAUAAUGAUAUACGGCUUUUUUUAAACGAGCUUUCAAUUUCAAACUUAGCCCGAUGGAGUUCAAACCAAUUGGAAAAAGUCCCUGAAGAAAAAAUGUUGACUAUUAUAAACAGUUUAUUUCAAUUUAUCAAUCAACAUAAUGAAAUAGAGAAUAUAUCUUGUAUAAGCGUAAAAGCAGUAAACAAGCUUUUGUACCAUAUUUACGACUUUAUUGACAGUUAUGAAUUAUAA